AUGUCUUAUAGGAGAUAUUACGACGAUCAUGAUCCACCAAAUCCAUUUCAAAGCCCAGCCAUCACGUUGACCAUGCACUCUAUGCAACAUGACGAUGCUUUAUCCACUGACUAUUAUGCCUAUGGGACCUCCUAUCAUCAACUUCCCGAUGCAGCUUGUGAUCCAUAUCCAAAUCUCGACCCGCCAUCGUAUGCAUGCGAUACGGCAAUACCAAAUUCUGAUAAUGACGAUGACGCAUAUUUGUCAAAGAAAGAAGAAACAUCAUCGGUGCUCUCCAAGAACAACAACAAUGCUAACAACACGACUGCAGCAACAGCAACAUCGAUUGACAGGAUGCGUAAUCAAGAGUGGAUGCAGCAGCAACAUGAACAACCACCAGGAUUAUUCCCGCUAUGCAUGUCAGCUGGUAUGCCAUGGGAUUUAGCCAAACGCUUUGGCACGAGCAUUAGACGACUGCUAUUGGAUGGGCAACAUGGCGAUAGGUACGGGUUCGUGGAAAUGCAGGACUCGGCUAAACAGCAACAGCAUUACCAUCCCACCUCUUUUUACCCUUCAUCACCCUCCUCCAAGCAAUAG